AUGGGUCGUGCAUGGGUCGGAAGAGCGCCCUUGUCGCCGGAAGAGCUUCAGAAGAUUGGCCCUCAGGCGCGAAAAUGGGCUGCCGAGCAAAUCCUAAAUGUAUGGAGACGGGGAAAGGACAUUGAUAACCCGAGGGCCCUAUGGGGUGACGAGUUGGAAUAUGUAAUGGUAGAAUUCGAUCCUUCGCAAUCUCGCGCAACGGCAGUGUUGGAUCAGGAGAACGUCUUGCAUCGGUGGAACAAUCAGAUUUCGAGCAAGUUGGGGGAAUCUCCCGAAUAUGAGGCCAUGGAUCUGCAGCCAGAAUGGCAGAACUUUUCGAUCGAGUCCACCCCUUCUAAGCCAUAUACCGACGAAACACGGGACCUGCUCAAUGUCGAGAAGAACAUGAAACGGAGACGAGCAUUAAUCAGAGAUCUUUUGGGGCCUACCCAAUACCCGCUCACUAUUGCUUCCUUUCCGCGCUUAGGUACCAAAGGCCAAUUCACGACACCCCACUAUGACACCUUGCAGAGUGACGUCCACCACAGAAUGGUGCCACCUCAAGUGGUGGCUCCGGGGCUUCGGUAUUCCUACAUAAACCAACAAGUUCUUGGUCGAAGAAAGCGUCCAGUUGGCCUCCAUGUCCCAAUAUAUAGGGAUUGUAACACUCCGAGACCUUUCCUAGAUGAAGAUUGCUUAGCCGAAGGAGCAUUGUUUGGGAAGGACUCUGUCUAUCUCGAAGGACAGGCGUUUGGUGGAGCAUGCUGCGCACUCCAGACCACAGUUCAAGCUGCAAAUGAGCCUGAUGCGAGAUGGCUACACGACCAAUUAGUCAUUCUCGGUCCCACUAUGCUGGCAUUAACAGCAGCAACCCCUAUCUAUAAGGGGUACCUGGUUAAUACAGACUCCCGGUGGGACUACCUAACGGCUAGCUUUGAUAUCCGUACGCAGGAGGAAGAAUUCAAGUUUCUCGAAACUUCUAAGCCAUGUUGCUCGAGGCCACUAACUCGCUGGUCGUCCAACCGGGUGUACCUGUCUCAUGAGCGGCCAACAGACAUAUCAAAUGCCUGUGGACAAGUUCAAAUGGACGAACAAGCAAAGCGGCAGCUUCUUGAUGGGGGCAUGGAUGAAUCUAUAGCUUCAUACUUUUCCAAUCUUCUAUGGCACGAUCCACUCUGCCUGAACCAAGAUGCAAUCGAAUUGAGCAGCCCGGAGACUACUCAUAUGUUCGAAAAGUUUCAACACGGAGUGUGGAAGCAUGUCCACCUGAAAAUGCCAGAAGCUAGCACAGGGGCUGGCUGGCGGAUUGAGUUCCGCCCCAUGGAGGUUCAACUCAAAGAUUCGGAAAACGCAGCAUUCGCGGUGUUCAUGUUUUUGUUGUCCAAAGCCAUAAUGGCAUACCGGCUGAACUUCUAUAUCCCCAUCGAAUUAGUGACAGAGUCCAUGCAACUGGCGCAAAAGCUUGAUGCUGUGACCAAGGAACGCAUUUGGUUUCGUCGACGGGACUGGGCUCCAGGCGGGCUGAAUUCUGUCCAAUGCAAUCCUCAACACGGCUGCUCUCAGUCACAGAUGGAGGACACAUAUGCUCUGAUGACCAUUGACGAGAUCAUCAACGGCGAGCACUCGACAUUGCCGGCUCGAUUCCCUGGGCUGGUGCCCAUCGUUCGAUCGUAUCUUCUAGAACGGGAUUUGCUCCCCAAUGAAGAGGCCAAGCUGAUGCAAUACCUCAACCUCAUCAGUUGUCGAGCGAGUGGUACUCUGCCCACUCCUGCGAGGUGGAUGAGAGACUUUGUUGCUGAGCAUGACGACUAUCAACAGGAUAGCGUCGUGAGUGAGAAGAUAUGCUAUGAUAUGCUGAGAAAGGUUGUGAGUAUGAAUGAAGCCGAUUGA